AUGGACUCGCCAGUCCUCACCCAGUUGUUCCGACAGCUUUUCCGGCACCCAGCAUGCCAAUCAUUACGACGGUCACCUUCAGUACUUGCUCGACCACAAUCCCGCUCGUUUCUGACUCGGCGCACACCCGCCAGCAACAAGCGCAACAAGCUGCAGGAUGAAGUUCAGCUCUGGACGAAACGAGGGGAUUACCCCAAGAACAUCGACCAGGAGUACAAGACAUACCCUACAGUUACAGCGAAGGAGCUUCGCAAUCGACGCGAGCGACCACGACAGGUCAAGAUGCUGACACGCGAGUUCAUCGACGACAGCCUAUACAACCCGCAUUACGGGUACUUCUCCAAACACGCGACGAUUUUCAGUCCCGGCGAGCCAUUCGACUUCAACCAAAUCGAAGACGGGCCGGCGUUCCACAAGCUCCUCGGCCAACGCUAUACGGAGUUCGAGGACAAGCUUGAUGAGACGAAUCCGGACAUCGCGCGACAGCUCUGGCACACACCGACAGAAUUGUUCCGACCAUACUAUGGCGAGACGAUCGCGCGGUAUCUUGUCUCAAACUACAAGCUGACCCUAUACCCAUACCACGACCUCAUCAUCUACGAAAUGGGAGCCGGAAACGGCACCAUGAUGUUAAAUAUCCUCGAUUUCAUCCGCGACACCGACCACGAAGUGUACCAGCGAACCAAAUUCAAGAUCAUCGAGAUCUCGCCAGCGCUAGCAGACCUCCAAUACAAGAAUCUCACCGACAAGCUCACAGCCAAGGGCCACCGCGACCACGUCGAGAUCGUCAAUCGCUCAAUCUUCGACUGGGACACAUACGUGCACUCACCAUGCUUCUUCCUCGCUCUAGAAGUCUUCGACAACUUCGCCCACGACACCAUCCGCUACAACACAAGCACCGAGCUGCCCCAACAGGGCGGCGUCCUCAUCGACGCUGACGGCGAGUUCCACGAAUACUACAACAAUCAGCUCGACCCAGUCGCCGCUCGCUUCCUACGCGUGCGCCAAGCUGCCGCCCGCCGUCCGUUCCCGAGUCCGCUGGGCCCACCACUUCUCCGUGGCCUCUGCUCCGCAGCGCCCUUUAGGAAGGAAUACACGCUGCCGGAGUACAUCCCCACCCGGCUGAUGCAGUUCUUCGAUGUCCUGAAUCAGUAUUUCCCGGCUCACCGUCUGGUUUCCAGUGACUUUAACUCCUUGCCAGAUGCCGUGCCUGGGAUCAAUGCGCCAGUCGUGCAGACUCGGUACCAGCGGCAGACGGUGCCGGUGACGACUCCUUUUGUCCAGCAGGGAUACUUUGAUAUCUUCUUCCCGACGGACUUCAACGUCGCGGAGGACAUGUACCGUGCUGUUACGGGGAAGCUGACUCAGGUUACGAGCCAUGAGGAGUUCGUGCACCGUUGGGCUUAUAUUGAGGAUACGGAGACGCGGAAUGGGGAGAAUCCGCUGUUGAGCUGGUAUAAGAAUGCUAGCAUGUUGAUGACUGUGUAG